AUGCCUCCACAGCCUAGAUGCGAUUACCAAGCCCACCGACCCGACGGCGACUUCCUUCAACGUAUGCAUAGCGACCUUGCCCGGUUAUACAACGAUUACAAAUGGCAAAUUAGAGCCAUUUGGCACAGGUUGAACAGACAUGAGCGGGCGAGACCUUUCAUGGAUCAUGAAGAAUGGGCGAAUUCAGAUCACCACAGCUGGAACGAGAUUCAGGACCAGAGGGAAGCGAUGUUUUCCGACAUAAACCGGAAAGAUUAUUCGACGAGUGCAAAAUAUCUGUUGAAUCACCUCGAGCACCGUGCUACGACGUCUUUAUUUCAGCAGUAUUGGGCCGGCGUUGACGGUGCACUCGGCGAUGGCCCUUUCAUUACUGAGAAGGUGAACCAGAAGCAACUUAUACCACGAGGGGCGCCGAACUACUAUAUGAUAUUUACAGAGGACUGUUACGGAGAUACCGUGAAGCUUGAUCAAGAAGACGAAGGGAUGCUAGAAUUGAAGAAGGCUAUGACGGAAAUUGGCAGUUGUGUUUCUUCGGGAACAGGAAACCUGAUCCAUAACAGACAAUUGAUAUCGACGAUGGAAUUCCGAGACCUCAUCCUGGGACUGCUUGAUAAAAUUCCUCAAUCAUGGUGGACCAAAGUGCAGUGGGAAAAGGUUGAACGAGAGCGCAUGACCGCCGGACGGCUAUCAAGCAAGCCCUUGCUGAAGAUGUCAAGAGGCAGAAAGGCGCCGGAGAAGCUCACGGAGGAGGUCGUAGUGAAGUUAGCAAAGAAGCUGUCGGCAGCUGGAUUGGCGCCAGAAAAGACGCCGCUCGCCCGGAUACUCUUUCGUGCCCAAGAGUCGAGAGAUUACCUCGAGGAGUACCUGGCUAUUCUCCGGGAUGAGCCAUCUGUGCUUGUUUACAAUGCCAACUCCUGGCUUCUCAGCCGGCCAGAGCUAGUUACGGACGAGAAAGGCCGCCACUUGCCACUCGAAACCGACAAAUACAUCAGCUGUGCCAUUUUCGAAGCUAUCCGUGGCUGGGUCCAGAAAUUCGCCAUCUGGAGCUACAUUUGCGAUCUCUUGGAGAUGUUGGACAAUACAGAUACUAGGCCGGACUACCAGCAAGUCAUUCUUCAAGAGAUCUCCAAUGUAUGCCACUUCGAGUACAGUCGCGCUCAGGCUCACUUCAUCAGGCAUGUCCAAACAGGAAUCGGUGCAGACUGUUUCCGGCGUGUGGCCAACACUUACGAUGACGCCGGAAACCCAAAAGUCUUUAUGAAGAUCAAGCCACAAGAGCUUUCUCAAGGCGAUCCUCUUCUGCAAUACAUGCUGCGCUUAUGCCAGUCCCAGACGCGUGCUUCACAGGCAACUGAGUGGUUCAACCAUUUCGAUAGACUAUACAACUCUAAACAAUCCUUUUGGAAACCCCUACAACAGAGAGAGAUGGAUGCAAUGUGCGAGCUAAUAAUGACCGCGGCAGCUAUACAAGAGUUUUCAAUGUACCUACCAGUACCAUCUCUCUCUCGCAAGACAGGACAAACGUUUCUAGAGGCAUAUCGGGAGUUGAAUUCAGGUUUGAAUGAUAUCCGGAAAGAAAUAGAUUUACAGGAAUCCUCAGUGCCAAUCACUAAGCUACUGGAGCCCGGAAUGGCAAACAAGGCAUUGGCUCAGCUCGACGAUUUUGUUGAACGCAAUAUGGGCUCGAAAAUGGACUUUUUCUACCAUUACGCUGUGCAAGAAUGCCUGGUAUAUCACCGAGCCCAGUCUCGGAAGACUGAAGACACGCCAGAAGGAUUUCCGUUUACGAUCGCUUAUUGCACCGCCGAGGGUGUGGAUCUAAAGAAAUUCGAAGAAAAUACAACUCCCGUUCAAACAUCAACGUCUGAGAAUGAGCAAGCCACCAACGAACUGAUCAAAGCGCAGCUGCGGCAGUUGGAUGCAAAUCCCGCCGCCAAAAAGGUCUUCACCACUCUCUUUAAAAAGCCAAAGGCCGGAGUCUUCAUCACUUGGGCCGCGUUUGAAAGUGCCAUGGUUGCCAUGGGGUUUCGUGUCAAAAAGGGGCGUUGCGCCGAUUACACAUUCAUUCCACCGAGGAACAUGCCUGUGACGGCGACCUUGCUUGUUGCCCGGCCUGUUAAUUCUAAAAUAGAAGGGCAUUCGAUACCGAUAUUGGCACGCCACCUGAAGAAGACGUACGGAAAGUUGAUACCUUUUGGUUGA